UGGUACUAUCAGUACUACUACAAGUGCAAGUUCAUGCCCAUUUGCUUGCACUGUUUUGGAUCGGUAGGAUGUCACCAUCAAACACGAGAAACAUCUUUCCAUGGUCUUCUAGCAUCUUUCCAUGACGCUUGCAGGUGAUCCACAGUAUCAGCAGUUGUUCUCAGUGACUUGUUUCGGAAAGGCAACUUCACAAGUAAGAACUUUGGGUAGCCUAUAAAUGCCAAGCCCUUGCUUCUCUUCUUCCAUACUGUGGUGGUAUAGUAGUAGAAGAUAUGAAGAGAUUUGGGGACGGAGAGGAAGGAGAGAUGGAGAGCAUGAACGUAACUGAUGUCCCGACGCUCCUCACUCGCGGCGGAGGCGGAGAGGGCACCAUCAGCGUCCCGUCGCGGGCGUCUUCGGUGUGGGUUUUCUGGUGCAGGACCUGCCACCGUCAGUUCCCCUCCUUCCAAGCCCUCGGAGGCCACCGCGCGAGCCACAAGAAGCCGAGGCUCGCGGAGGACCGCCACGGCCACGCCUGCUCCGUCUCGGGACUCGAGUUCGCCGUCAGCCAGGCGUUAGGCGGCCACAUGAGGCAGCACUGCACCGGCGGCGCGCCUCAUGGCCUCACGGAGAAGAAGCCCGGCAAGAGGAGGGGCCUGUGGUUGGACCUGAACAUGCCGCCGUCCGACGACGUUUGAGCCUAUCUGCCAUGGACUAAGAACACUAUUUUGCAGGCACGAGUCACGCACGUGAUAUAGAUCAGAGCAACACGCUUCCAUGGACUUGCUUUCUUGGGCGGAAGAUACUUCUCCUCAUUUUGUGUUCCAUUUGGUUAUGAUAUUAAGGCUAAUUCAUGUCCAUGCAAAUAUUUUUUAAUAUAUAUAUAUAUAUAUAUAUAUAAUGGAAUAAUUUUUGGGUUUAGAAGGGAAAUAUAUAUGUAAUAAAUUCAAAGCUGCGUGCGUGAAUGGAAACAUGCAACUAAAUGCUCGUCAUGUCGAUCGCCAAUAUUGCAUGCACUGCCUGCGGAUCCGUCCGGAUUCCUUUGCCGGAAAUAGAAACGGGGUCGUGCCAGCUGUAAUGAACGGUCAGGAUACCUUCUUCGACGAUGGAGCUUUUGAUCCGACGAUCGUGGUUGAUUCGGAGACCGUAGGUCACACUGGACGGGAAUCUUGUCUUUGGCCAUGCCUCGCUAUUCGGAUCCUCUCCAAUCUUGGCGAACACCAAACUGUCCUUUACUAAAAUGUCGAUCGUCCACAGUGGUGGGCGCCAGCGAUCGCCAAUGGAUGGAUGUUUGCAAUUUUAGGGGGGAGAGUUGGAGAGGAUCCCCCCAAUAGGGGAUGCAGCCACCAGCUAAUUGUAGCCGUUUAAGGAAACAUCCAGCUGCUAUUUCUAUUAACGAAAACACCAACCUCUUCAUCGGAAUAUAUUAUGCGCAGGGGAGAGUAGGGUAGCCGGCCCAGCCAAAGCUCUCUUCUUCUUCGCCGAGGAAUCCGAGAGGACCGUUGAAGACUAGAACAAUGACAAUACAUCAAAGCACAAAAAUUGCACUUUGUGUGGCUUUUCUUGGGUGUCUGUCUUUCUUACUUGGCAUACUUGCAGAAAACAAAAAGCCUGCACAAGGAACUCCAAUCAUAGGAAAGGAUGUUGUUGUCUGCAAGUACCCAAGUGAUCCGGUAAUUGCAUUUGGAUCUCUAGCUAUUGUGUCACUCCUGCUUUCUGCUAUUGUAGGACACGUCGCAGUUUACUUCCCUUACAAAGGCAAGUCUGUUCCAACCUCUAGUUUGUUCCAGAACUCUACAUUGUUCGUCUUCUUCAUCAUUGCAGAGGCUGUUACAACUUUGGCUCUGGUGAUGUUGAUGUGGGCAACCAUCACCGAAGGCCUUCAUCGUUCUCGCAACGUUCAUCACGAUCUCGAAUACCUCUGCCCGACAGCGAAGACUGGUCUCUUCGGCGGUGCUGCUUUUCUUGCCCUCGAUGCUGCUCUCUUUUGGCUCAUCUGCCAAAUGUUGACGCUCAAUGCCAGAGCUGAUUACUUUGACGAGGAUGAUCCUAAAGGGGAAUACGGACAAGUUUAUGCAGAUGAGUUAGAGAACACUGAGAACAAGCAUUCAUCAGUCUAGAUGUGAACAAGAAGCAACUUCUAGUCGAGAGACAUUUCUUCUCUCUGCAUUGUUAUUCUCUGUUUCAUGACAGACAUUGUUUGGUUGCCUCUGUUAAUA